AUGAAUCUGAACGGAUUUAACAAUAUCUGUGCCGACGAUAAGUAUGCGCUUAUGAAACACGGGGUCAGAGAUCUGGUGCUAAUCCGUUGCCUUAAAUACUAUAACAUAGAGAUUGAGUGUUUUGUCGCAGAGAUAGACCAUGAUCAUUCAAUGCAAUUCGAUUUAGAUGUAUACCAGCCGUUUGGAUUAACAAACUCGAACAACAACUGUAUAUAUAUUUACUGCAAAGAUAUCUACUAUUGAAAUACCGCUCGGAAUCGGAAUCACAAUUAAAGUUACAGCAAAUAAUGAAUUCAUUGAAAGACAUCAAUACUUUAAAUCAAAUUCAAACCAAACAUUUCGGUCAAUUUGAUAAUUAUUUACAGUAUUUUG